UUAAAAUCGUUGGCAUUAGUCACCAAUUUGUAAAUAAAGCUGCCGCCCACAAGCCGAACGUUGCAACUGCUGGUUUGAUCCGACGGGAAAUGUCAAAACGCAAAGCAGACAUAACCGACAAAGAAAUGGCAGCACCAAAAUCAAGCGCACACGAAAGUGCGGCAUUCAUAAUCAGCGAGGACCAGCCUCUGAAGGAAUACAAGAAUCUUAUGAAUAAACAUGUACAAGUUGAUGAAAUAGUCGACGAUGAGGUUACCAGAGAAAAUUUCUCGAAAACCGCUGCAGCUGCCCAUGACGUCAUCUGGCGCUUGUUGUUCAAAGAGGGCAGCGGCAAAGCAGAGCAACAAAAGGCGGCUGAGCUGCUAGAGGAAUACAAGGGCGAUGCUUGCUUUUAUGCGCCUUGGCCCUACAACGAAUGGAUUGUGAAAUUACGGGACGAGGUGCUAAAGCGCGACCUACUGGAUUUCUGGCGUGAUGCCAUCGUAAAGAACCAACUGGGUCCCUGUUGGUCACGCGACUCAGAUUUGUUUGAUGGUGACGAUGCGCCGCCAGUGGAGUUUUAUGCCAAGGCCGGCUGCGUGGCACCAUUUUCAGCCAGCUUAAAGGUGCGCGCCGCCAGCGCCGCGGAGUCCAACGACGUAGAAGCGAGUCCAGCCGAAACUGCUGCCGCCGAAGUUGAUAAAGAAGCUGUGCUCUCUGGAAAUUUCGAGGCCACUAUUUCUGAUGAGCAGCCCACCAAAGACUAUCGCAAUUUGAUGAAUCGCUAUGUGUUGGUCAAUUACAUUGUGCCCGAUGAGAGAACAACUGCCAAUGUAAACAAAAUCGCAAAGGCAGCACGCAAGUAUAUUUGGGAGCAGCUUUUCAGCGACGCCUCCAAGCCGGAUCCAUCGAAAUUAGACAACGUUGCGGAACUGUUGCAGGAAUAUAAAAGCGAUGCCGGCUUCUAUGGACCUUGGGACUACAAUGAAUGGAUAGUUACAUUGCGCGAUGAGGUCCUCAAGCGAGAUCUCUUGGAUUUCUGGCGUGAUGUUAUCGUAAAGAACGAGCUGGGUCCCUGCUGUUCGCGUGACUCAGAUAUGUUUGACGGUGACGAUGCGCCGCCAUUGGAGUUUUAUGCCAAGGCCGGCUGUGUGGCACCUUUUUCAGCCAGCGUCACGAAGUCCAACGAUGUAGAGGCGAGUGCAGCCGAGCCCGCUGCCGCCGAUGUUGAUAAAGAAGCCGUGCUAUCUGGAAAUUUCGAGGCCAAUAUUUCUGAUGAGCAGCCCAGCAAAGACUAUCGCAAUUUGAUGAAUCGCUAUGUGGCUGUUGAUUACAUUGUGCCCGAUGAGAGGAAAACUGCCAAUGUAAACAAGAUCGCCAAAGCGGUACGCAAAUAUAUUUGGGAACAGCUUUUCAGGGACGCAUCAAAGCCGGAUCAAAAUAAAUUUGACAAAGUUGCGAAACUGUUACGGGAAUAUAAAAGCGAUGCCGGCUUCUAUGGACCUUGGGACUACAAUGAAUGGAUAGUUACAUUGCGCGAUGAGGUGCUGCGCCGUGAACUCUUGGAUUUCUGGCGGGAAAAAAUGGUUCCCAUGCAGCUUGGCCCCUGCUGGUAUCAGGACUCAGACUUACUGGACAGUAGUGACCCAAUACCUACAGAAUUUUAUCAUAAAGCUGGGUGUACGGCGCCAUUCAAAGUGCCAGAUGACCUUAAUAAUGAUUAAGUCGAAGAAAAUCUCUUGUAUUUUGUACAUGUUAUGGCAGCGACAAUAUCUCUAUAAUUUUUUAUAUACAUAUAUACGUAAGAUUUGUACAUCACUGUUGCAGUGCAUAAAUUAUUUUAAAUACACUAUUAUUAUAAUGUUA